AAAAAAAUAGCCUGGUUUCUUCGGGUAUUCUAUUUAUAUCAAGUUUAUGUUGUAUUAUUUUAUAUUUUUUUCAUUCGUUACGUUAUUUUUAGAAGCAGAAUCAUAUGAAACACAGGAUAAUAAAACGAACCACCAUUUAUAUUCAAGAAAUCAGGAAAAUAUAAAAGUUCUUUCUACGGAAUUUAAGAAACCAGAUAAUGAUUAUUCUUCGUAUCGGCUUAUUGAGAUAUCUAAUAACCUUCAAGUUUUAUUAAUUAAUGAUCCACAAAGUAAACUAUCUGCAGCUUCAAUGAGCAUAGGUAUCGGACAUUAUAGUGAUCCUGAUGAUAUCCCUGGUCUUGCUCAUCUUUGUGAACAUAUGCUAUUUAUGGGAACAAAAAAAUACCCUAAAGAAGAUGACUUUUCUUCUUAUAUAAAAGCUCAUUCUGGUCAAUUUAAUGCGCUUACUUCAUCAGAAGAAACAAAUUAUUUCUUUCAUAUUGCACCUGAUUAUUUCGAAGAAGCAUUGGAUAGAUUUUCACAAUUUUUUAUUGUACCACUGUUUCCAAGAACAGCUGUUUAUCAAGAAAUACAUGCAAUUAAUUCUGAAUUUAAAAAAAAUCAGCAAAAUGAGGAAUGGAAUAUACUACAGCUUGAAAAAUCUCUUUCAAAUGAAAAAUCUCCUUAUCAUAAAUUUGGUACAGGAAAUUAUCAAACAUUAAUGGAUAAUCCAAAAAAAAAUGGCAAAGACAUUUUAGAGGAAGUUAAAAAUUUUUAUUUAAAAUACUAUUCUGCAAAUUUAAUGAAACUUGUUGUAAUUUCAAAAGAAUCUCUUGACGAGCUCCAGGGAUUAAUUAUUAAAUAUUUCUCUCAAAUUCCUGAUAAAGGAAUUCAGAGACCUCAGUUUAUGGAAAAGCCAUUUACAGAUAAACAUCUUGGUAUGCAAUGUUGGUAUAAAUCGGCAAAAGACUCUAUAAAAAUGACACUUACGUUUCCUAUUGAAUUUCAAACGAUUUUAUAUAAGAGCAAUUCUUUUGCGUAUCUUAGAUAUUUACUAGAACAUCAAGCUUCUAAUUCUCUUUAUGAUUUUUUAUCAAAAAAAGGCUGGAUAUUUUCUAUUAAUAUUGAUAUCGAAUAUAUAGUUUCAAAUGUAAAUUUUUUUAGGAUAAUUUUAGUUCUUACCUCUAAAGGAUUAGAUGAAUAUGAGGACUUAAUAGUUUCAAUAUUUCAGUAUCUGGAUUUUCUUAGAAAUAUAGGGCCUCAGGAAUGGAUUUUCAAUGAAUUGAAGCAGCUGGAUGAUAUGUUUUUUCGAUUUUCGGAUUAUACAACAUCAUUUCGACGUGCUUCAAUUUUAUCAAAUGUUAUGCAAAAAACGUAUUUAAAUUAUUCAGAUUUAUUGAAAUAUAGUUUUCUUUCUGAAUACAAUUCACAGCAUAUCAUAGAUUUACUAGAUUUAUUGUGCCAAAAUAAUUACUUACUUUCUAUUUCCUCUAAAACGAAACCUGGUGAUUGGAAUGCAAAAGAAUUUUGGUAUGGAUCAGAGUAUAAAUUUGAAUCUUUACCGAAAACACUUGUACGGAAAACAAAUAAUUUGGUAACUAAUGGCUUAUUUAAGUUACCUAAUUCAAACAAAUAUAUCUCAGAAGAAUUUUUUAUAAAACCUCCUUCUGAGAACAGAGUAGACAAGCUUCAUCUUGCGUAUAGUACAGAUGUUCUUCGUUACUGGUAUAAAGAUGAUAUGCAUUCUAAUCCUAAAACAUACUUAUUUUUAUUUUUUAAAUUACCAGGAUAUUCUGACACACCUUUACAACAAACACAAUUAAAGGUUUAUAUAAAUAUGUUGUUUAAUAGUAUUGUUGAAAUAGUCUAUUAUGCGGAUAUUGCGGGAUAUCAGAUUAGUAUACUGCCUCAUAAAUCAGGAUUUCAGCUAUCUAUAUAUGGGUUUAAUGGUAAAAUGCUUGAAUUGCUUGAAGAUAUCUUAGAUGCUUUUUUAAAUUUCCAACCUACCCUUUCUAAAUAUAAUUUUUUUAAGGAACGUCUAAAAUCAGACAUUGAUAUUGAUUCUAUCGAACCUGCUAAACAAAUAAAGUCUGUUAUUUCUUCGUAUACUGAAACUUACUGGCCUUAUAGUGAAAUAUUAAAUGCACUAGAGUUACUCACCUUUGCUGAUAUUGAAAUGUUUCAUAAAGUGCGUUUUUU